AAAACCUCUUCCCCCAAAAAAAAAAAAAAAAAAAAAACGCAACGGAGAAAUAGAAUUCAAAACCCAUUUUUGUUUUGCGUCCAAAGCCUCCUCGGUUCUCUCUCUGCUUCUACGUCGUACUCUUCUCUCCCUGAUGGCCCAGAAUUUGACCUCACGCGCCCGAGCUGUGUGUUCGGUGUUGGUGGUGGUGGUGUUGUUCUUAACGACAAAUCUCGUACCUGUAACAGAAGCGAUAUGGUUAACAAUUCCGACCUCCGGUACCAAGUGUGUAUCCGAGGAAAUCCAGAACCACGUUGUCGUUUUGGCCGAUUACUAUGUCGUUGUAGACGAAGCGCCUCAACAAUACCGUACUCCCACUAUUUCUGUCAAGGUGACAUCUCCUUAUGGUAACAAUCUUCACCACGUUGAAAAUGUUACCCAUGGUCAGUUUGCAUUUACAACUACCGAGUCUGGCAGCUACUUGGCUUGUUUCUGGCUUGAUGGAGAACAUCAAGAAGGCGUAGGUGCAACCCUUAACCUUGAUUGGAGAUCUGGAAUAGCGGCUCGGGAUUGGGAUUCAGUUGCAAAGAAACAGAAAGUAGAGGGUGUUGAACUUGAGCUGAUAAAACUAGAAGGAGCAGUGCAAGCCAUCCAUGAUAAUCUCAACUACCUGAAGGACAGGGAAGCAGAGAUGAGGCAAGUCAGUGAAUCAACCAACUCUAAAGUUGCAUGGCUCAGUAUAAUGUCCCUUGGAGUCUGCAUUGUGGUUUCAGCUUUGCAGUUGUGGCACUUGAAAACCUACUUUCGAAAGAAGAAGCUUAUAUAGAUCAAUCUUUUAUUAAUUUUCUGAUGCAAAAAUACUGCUCUUUUGAGUCAUCUGUUCUCGUUGUAAUAUACUUGUUUUAAUUUUUAGUUUUUUUUUUUUAAUCUGCUUUUUUUUUUUCCCACAUUUUUCUUUGUUACAGAGAGGGGGUGGGGGUUUGAUUCUUAUAUCGUAACGGGCAAUUGGAAUUGUCAGUCAGUACGAUAUAUGGAUUUAGGGAGAAAAAUGAAUUUAUAAUUGUAGUAGUAUCAGUUGUAACUGUAAGAUUGUUUCAAUACACAAAAGCAGAUAAAUGUUUCGUUCCA